AUGGGCUUCUCUCGCUUCCUUGCGCUCCUGCUCGACCGCAACAGCAAAGACAUCCAGCACCAGAACGGCAACUUCACUGCAGAGUUUGAAGAGUUGUGGGAAGACGUAGACACGGAUGUGCCUUGGGCCACGGAAGCCUUCGGCGUAGCGCCGGACGUGGCCAACCUCUGGAUUGGCGAUGAGCGCAGUGUCACCUCCCUCCACAAAGACCACUAUGAAAACAUCUACUACGUGGUGGCCGGAGCCAAGGAGUUCACUCUGUACCCGCCCACGGAUUUUCCAUUCCUCUACGAGCGAACGUACAGGGCCGCUACAUACACCCGCGGCAGCGAAGACGAAGAUUUUGCGGUCGUCGAGAACGACCCACCGAGUUCCGUCCCCUGGCUGUCGGUGGACCCUGAUCGACCGGACUACGAAGCGUACCCACUCUUCCGACAUGCCACGCCGCUCCGCUGUGUUGUCCAUGCCGGCGAGGCUCUUUACCUGCCCUCCCUCUGGUUCCACCACGUCAAGCAGCACGCCGACGCCGAGGGCCGGUGCAUUGCCGUCAACUUCUGGUACGACAUGCAGUACGACGUCAAGUACAACUACUACAAGUUCCUGGAGAACCUGACCAGCCUCCCCAACGCCGAAGAGGCCAAGCCUUGA